GCGGCGCUCGCGCUCUCAGCAGCGUCAUUCAACAACCUCCAUCAAAGCAGCAGGGACCGGGAGCUGCAGGAUAUCACUGCUCUGCUCCAGGUCACUGACCAAUACAAAUAAAAGUUCUCUCAGGUCUGCUGUUAUGGAGGACGAGCCGCGCGCAGAGGAGACUGCAGUUUAGUAACAUUGUGUACUGAGGCAGAUGGUGAAAGACUUGCCCAUGUCUCUCUCAGCUAACAGAAGGCAGUCUGCUGGAACACGCAGACGGCCUGCUGGUACAGCCAGUAGCCGACAGCCUCACACACUUGCAGAUCCCUCCAACAGCACUUGCUCAGCAUCGUCCUGCAAAGGUGCAGAAAUCAGUAACAAAUCACGAUCACACCCAGCUACACCUCGACGGCAGGCGAAGUACGGAGGCUGUAGUGAGAAUCACGGGAUCCGUCCUCCUGCUCCCGAGCAGUAUCUCACCCCCCUGCAGCAGAAAGAAGUGUGUAUCCGUCACUUACGCGCCCGGCUGAAGGAGAAUGUAGAGAGAUUGCAGGACAGGGACUCAGAGAUCGGGGAGUUGCGCACGCAGUUGACGCGCAUGCAGGAGGACUGGAUUGAAGAGGAGUGCCAUCGCGUUGAGGCCCAGCUGGCACUAAAAGAAGCUCGAAAAGAGAUCCGGCAGCUCCAGCAUGCCGUGGAAGCUGUCCGAUCCAACCUGAGCCACCAUGACUCGGAUCUACAGGACUGUAAAUCAGAUGGAGUGACUGGAGUCAGGCUUGAGUCACGAUCCAGAGCUUCGAGGUCAUGUGGCUGCUCUCCAGCUCACACCAUCGGUCGCAGUGCCACCUUUUCAAGGCUGAGCAGCGAAACAUUGCCUGGUAUUGACCGCAAUGGAAACAUAACCUCUGAGCACCGCGUUCCCCCCAUUCCGGCCAACCGAGGAGCUGCGACUUUACCAAGAGGCGACGGACGCCCUCGUCUUAUCCUAGAGGCAGCACUUCUAACUGAGCAGGCACCACCCACGAUGCUGUGCUCCAGCCUUUCACGCUCGUCCACCUAUGAGAAACUGUGUAGUGGCGAGACGGUCGUGCCCAUCGGCCGCCCCUGCCAUAUGGUAAACAACAACUGCAGCUGUGCAGUGCAUGCCUGCCUCCCUCAUCAUCAUCUUUUUUUGCAUCUUCCACAGCAGGAAGCUCCACCUCCCCCACCUCCUACUCCACCACCAGCACCAUCUAGUGCAUCCGAGACAAGUGAUAAGCCUGGAUUCAGAUCGCAAGCCUGCAGCCCGACCAUCACUUGGAUCUCACCCGAGGAAGAGGAGGAAGAGGGUGAAGGUGAAGAACUGAGCAUCAUCAAUUUAGCCACAACGGCACCGGACAUCACUCUUGCUGAAUCACAAACAAUUUCAGUGUCUUCCUCCACCAUAUUGUCUACACAAAAAUCUUACCUCAGUGAGCCUUUAACACCAGUCCCUUCCUUAAAAACUUCUUCACAAACAGUGUUGACUAUGCCACAGGUCCAGCAACCCAGUCUUUGGUUGCCUCCAUCACCUGAGCAGCCACCACAGCUUCAAGAAUUAGACGGAGCUGCUGGAGCUACCGAGGAACAGGAGGGCCAAGAAGAAAAUCCUUCCAGCUGUCACUGGAGCAGCUACUUCCUUGUUGAUCUACUAGCGGUGGUGGUCCCAAUUGCACCAACUUUGGCAUGGCUUUGUCGAGGAGGGCAGCGUGACAUAAUGCCGGCAUACCACAUGGGUUCCCUGCUGCGUGGCUGUUGUGCCGUGGCACUUCAUUCACUAAGACGUGUUGGCAACACUCGUAGUCGCGGACCGCCUGGGACAGGGGGUGCAACAGCAAUCUAAAUAUCUGCCCCAGACUUCACCCUGUGGUCCCUCCUCCUGUCCACCCCGUUCUCUCCUGUUCCUGCCUUCGAUUACGACAAGAAUGCGCAGAUCCAAAAUGGCAGGUCUCUGCCAAGAACGCUGGGAUAUAAACAGUACCUCACAUCUUUGACGUUUAAACAGGAACUCGAAUUUGCCGAGUGUAGCAGGUCGCUGGUUUGGUGUUUUUAGCCUGCACUGUAUCUGGCUAUUCUUCAUUCAUAUGAGCGUGUUCAUCCAAGCAUGAAACCCAACACCACUGUUUUAAUUCAUAUUGGAAAAUAAAGAGGGAGGCUUGUGUAAGAAAGUGCUUGCUUGGCUUAUAAAACGUCUUAAGAACGUCUUAGGUUUGUUUUUGUUUUUUUCAGAAUGUAGCGUGCUCAUUGUUCACUCAAGAAAGCUUAUUUUUAAAUGAUGUGUAAUAAGAUGCAAUCUCAGGCUGAAUUCUGACUCUAGAUAUAGAUAAUUUAUGUCUUUUGACAAAAAAAAAAAAAAGACCCCAGCUAUUGGUCAACUAGCUUUAAAAGAGGUUUAUUGAAAUAUAGUUUAACUUUCGAAUACAUCUGUUCCAUCAUGCAGUAGAUCUCAGCUCAGCUCAGCACAUACAGUAGAUGUUGGGUGUAGUGCAGUUGUUCAAAGUAACUUCUCUUCUUUCCUGUUUUGUCCACCUGAAAUCUCCUGCAAAACCGUUUCUCUUAGUUUAGCACUUUAUAGCAGAGCAUUAAAGGAACUUCAGGGCUGUGUUGCAUGCGUUCAUGUAAUCGAUAUGAAAUUAUGCAUUUAACAGUUUAUAAUCGCGUGUUCUAUCAAAGCCAUGGACUCCAACAAGGAAUUUGAAUCAGGGAUGUUAGAGACCAACACGGGUGCUCAAUGAAGUCUGAUUGGAGUGCAAGUUAGCUCAGUUUUUUCAUUAGACUAGACUAAGGAUCCAUGUCUAUUUUAAUAAACACCAAUACAUUUAGCAACAGCAUUUAUCCGCAGUAAAUCAUCUUUUAGAAUUGUAGACGAUAUCAGGCACACAGAAAAGGUUUUUGGAAAAAAGCCUGCAUUAUGUUCUGUAAACAAACAUGAUUUGAAAAUAAAAUGUGACUUGAAAACCAA